AUGGAAUCAAGCAGACGGGAAUAUGUUCCUAUUUCAUGGAAAGAAGCAAGGCACCGGCUGAAAGGCUGUUUGGAACGCCGUCUUGCUCAAUCUCAUGUCCGCGAUGAAUCGUAUCAACCCGAUCGAAUUCAUGAAUCUCCAAGAUCUGUUCGGUGGUGGGUGGACAUGAAUUUAGAUAUCUACAUUGGAGCUUUCGGGGCUUCUUUGGCUAUUCUUGCGAUUGGCAUUUUUGGCUACUUAUACGGGCCUGUUGAAGAAGAUUCAAGAUUAUCGCAAUUGGUGGCAUCUGUCAUUUUAUUCUCUGGGUUUGUAGUCAAUCUCUGGGUGAUUCGACGACGGAAAUUCUCAACUUCAAAAGGAAGCGACAAUCUGAAGCGACGAGAAAUAUCAAGAUUUCUCAAGGCAUUAGACAAACAAGAAGACGAAGCAAUGGGAUAUCCUACAGAGGAAAAGUCUGAUGACGGUCUGAACAUCCAAGGAUCUUCAUUCAACGACAUUCAUUGGGUGUACAGAUUCCGGUCAACAUUGGAUGGCGCAGUAUCUGGAGGCUCCUGGGGUCGAAUUCCCUCCCUUCUUCUAGUUCAUGGUGAUCAUAUUGCGAUGCAAAUUGGUGAUACGGCACCAGCGAAUUGUAGACUGAUUGAAAACGGCCAGGUCAUAGGUGCAGGGGAACGCAUCACCCUUGAUACCUUUGGGGAGGGGACAGCCUCAGUGCUUGGUACCCUGCCGCGGGGAAGAAGCACGCUGAAUAAUGACUCAGACCAUCUUCUUACCUUAUGUAACAACAUGAGAAUAUUUGUUGUAUUGGAUACUCCAUUGGAAACAUUCCUACUUCAAAGGAACGUGCGUUCAAGACAACCUCAAGUGGCCAGGCAAUUGUUGACCAUUCGUGGUCGGCUUGCCAUAGUUGGGGUUGUCGUAUUCAUCGCAACAAGUGCAGUUCUGAUCGGUCGAUAUGACAAAAGUCAAAAUCUUUAUAGCACAAUUUCCCUUCCAUUUUUGGCUUCGAUCGGGUUGUUUCCCUUUGUGGGAACAAUGUGCGUGGUCUGUAUGGAGGCCAUAGGUACAGCGCGAAUUCUGGCAUCAUACCAUCCUGUCGCGAUCAGGCGAGACGAGAUCCUACCAGAGAGUUUCGUUGACACUCACAUGUUGGUUUUUCGAUAUUUUAUUGCGACGAUAUUGAAUCGGUUAUCGCUCAACGAUAUCUUUCUUAAGAUAGGAUGUAAGCUCUCACACUUGUGUCAUCCUCUUCUUGCAGGAGUUGGUGGUGCAAUACGAGCCUCCGCGUUGGUGAGAGUUCCACCGGCAUCGUUAAAUCUUCUGGAAAAGCUAGGGGUAGCAACUGCCUUUACACUUGUUGACGACGAGCUGGUAUGUGAGCCACAUGCGAUACCACAACAACUCCUAAUUCCUUCGGAAAAGGGUUUGAAACUGCUGGAUUUGUGCCCGAACUACGAAUCUGAUAGUGACAGCGAUGAAAACGAAACGUCGACUGAUUUACGCAAGGAAAAAGAUGGUGAAUGGAACGAUUCGGAUUCGGAAUCUGGCAGUGGUCUAGAGAAUCAUCAUCACUAUAUUCGUAGUCGCCGGAAACGUCGAAGACUGCUUCGAAAGGCGCGCACCAAAAAGAGUGGAAGGAGCUUUGAUGCCGACGACGACUCAUCGUCAUCAAGCAGCGACGAUCGAGACAACGAAGUUCAAUUUGAAGAUCCCCUUUGGUGGCAGCAUCUUCCUUCACUCAAGUGCAUUGGUCUCGCAUGUAUGUUGAUUGACGAGAAUGAUUGCACUUUUUCUGACGGAGCAGGAACCAGCUUAGAUGCCAGAUCCGGAUCCCUGGAUGCGCUCAAAGCAGAUCUUGUACGCCUCAUAUGCGCCGAGCAACGUCGCAUGCAGCUUCGAUCGCUUGCAAGAUGUAUCGGUUUUUCGACAAAGGAGACGAUCGAGGGUGAACGGGGUGACAUUUCGCCUUUUAGCGAGAAAGAGAGGAUGCAUGUCGUUAGUACUGCACGAUUGACGGAGAGCUUGCAAAUAGAUUCCCAUGAAAUUGGAUCCGAAGAAUCUCGCUGUUGGGGUUACUUGCGGCCAGCCUCAACAUCAGUUAUCGUCCAAGACACUCGAACUGGAUCCUAUCAGCUUUUAACAGUUGGUGAUCCAAGGAUGGUUACAAGGAUGUGCCCACAAGCGUGGCAGGGAGAGAAUGCAACGAUAUUGCCUCUAUCUGCCCACGAUCGAUCAACGAUCCUGGAAACAAGCAAGGGCUGGAAACUUGGAGAUUUGGAUUCAACAGCAUUCAGUUACUCCCCCAUCCCUCCCAAUUUUGCCCGAAGAUUGCUUGAUUCAGACCCAUCAUCCAGAAAAUUCUACUUGCUAGACAAUGAUCCCAUCGAAAGUAUUCUUCCUGUUGUGCGGAGCAAAAUUGCCAUAGAGUCCGAAUGGCCGCAACUGUUCAAUCAGAUCUUUCUUGGUGUCCUUGGGUCACCUGUAAUUCCACGGCAAGAAACUGAAGGUUUGUUGAGCACUCUGCAAGACGCCGGAGUGAGAUUUGUAUAUUUCUCUCCUCGAAAUAUGCGUUUGACAAAGGAAAUUGCUUCACAGAUGGGCAUUGAUGUGGCCUGGAACUGUGCAAUAUCGCUCCGUCCUCUGGAUCAGGGAAAAGAGGAUCCUCACAGAAUGGUCUCAAACUAUGCUGACUGGGAUGUGAACGCAAAACUUCCACAUGGAAUCGAUAGUGUCAGACAGCAUCUCCAGGAAGUGGACAAUGUUCCUUUGCUGGUUAGUCUUUUCACUGAUGUCACAAAAGAGACAACCAAGGAGAUGGUCAGGACUUUUCAGGACUACAAUGAUACCGUCAUCACCGUGGGGUUGGCACACCUUCCACGCAAUUCUCGAAUUUUUUCGACCGCUGACCUUGCUGUGGGAAUUGAUGUGUUGACCGACUCUUUCAAGAAGACUCCCUCGAUGCAGUGUAACUACAAUGCUUUGCUUCCGUCCGAGAUUGAUUUUGUCGCGGCCAUUUCUGGGCAUCUCUGCGCUUUUCAACUUCGGGGGGUUGCCUCAUUAGCGUAUAUGCCCACAAUACUUGCUCAUGGCCGAGCAUCGCUGGAGGCGGCCACAGGUUCAGCACUUUACCUGAUUUUCGGCUACCUAUCCUUUGCCUUCUAUAUUUUUUGCAGCGUUUGCUCCGUAUCCACAACCCUUCCGAGUAUUCCCAUCAUAUGGGCUGUGUUUUACUUGCAACUGUUGCUUCCAUUGAUUGGACUUCCCAUUUCCCUGAGCGAUCCUGGCAGCAGUUCGAUGGAUAGAGUACCUCCAAAGAAUGACCCCACAAUUACAUUUGGAAAGAAAGAGGGAAAGGCCUUGAGUUGGCAUGGAAUUCACAAAUCAAUUCCCCCUGCAGUGCUACCGCAACUGAUCUAUUUGAUUUGUUUUGGAGAGUUCAUGAUCCAACUGGAACCUGUCCUACUCGACUCGGCAUGUGCACCAAACUUGAGUACUGGCGACUGGUUCAAGGUGAUCCGAUGUACUGGCCUACGCGGUUACUCUGGCGAUGCCCGAGUCUACGCCUCGGCUGUUUCUUUUUCGACUUUCGUCAUCUGUACAACCGUGACUUCUGCUGCUUUUAUUCACAGAACCAAGUCUAUUUUCGACGAACGGCCAUGGAGUAAGAAUUACGUUUGGGUAACGCUUUACCUUUUGGUAAUAGCACUUGCAGUAUUGUUUGUGUAUUUGGUUGCUCAAGAUGCCGAAAUCAGUAGUCUACCAUGGUACUGCUUUCUUUUGUACGGGAUAAUGCCAUUCAUCUGUUUGUUUUGGGUGGAGUUGCUGAAAGGAAAAGACGGGUCUCUGCUGGAUCGUGCUGAAAAGCUACGAAGGCUGCAAUUUGAAACAAGGCUUGGCAUGUGGAGUCCAAAGUAG